UGACUCCGGCCGCAGGAACGUCCUGCUCCCGACUCUGAGAGGGGCGGGCAAGACCGGCGAGCCUCCAGUCGCCCAGAAAGGCUCAGCCGGGCCGCGGGCCGGAAGUGGGGGCGGGACUUUCUGGAUCCGCCUCCGAGGGAGCCGCCCCAGUGUGGCCGCGUUGCGGCCUUCCCUGAAGCGACCUCGGGAGGUGGGGCCUUCGCGGGGUCCGACCUCCCAGCCACGGACCGCCUCCCGGCACGUCUCCAGUAUCUCUGCGAUCCCAGCCAUGCCCAGCCACCCAUCUUACUCUGAAGAGGUAGAAAUGGAACCCUGUUUCUGGACCAUCCCUCCAGACCCUUGCAGCCCAGGCCUGUAUUGGGACAUCAGGACUAAGGGCAAAAUAAUUCUCCAGAAGGGAAAUUUGGAGGACUUGAAGUCACAGGCAGGAAUACCAGAAAACUAUACCAAUAUUGAUUACCAGGGAACUGAGUUUGAAGAACUCUGUGAUGAUAUAUUAGAAAGAGACUGGGGAGUCUCUGAUCAUGAGAGACACAUACAGUCCCUCUACCAGGAGGAGAACUGGAGCACCUUAAGAGAGAAAGAGAUGGACUGUGAUGGUUUUGAGCAAAGCUUCAGUCUGAGCCCAAAUCCCAUGUCGUAUCAGGAACUGCCUAAUGAACAAAGGUCACAUACACAUGACAUUUACAGCCAGAGCUUCCAUCACAAUGUGGGCCUAAUUGAACAUGAGGGGCUUCACGUGGCUGAAAGCCCUUUCAUAUGUAAUGAAUGUGGAAAAACCUUCAGAGGAAACACUGAGCUUAUUCAGCAUCAAAUAGUCUAUGAUGGACCAAAGUCCUUCAUAUGUAAGGAGUGCAGAAAAAUUUUCAGCCAGAACUCAGUUCUGAAAAAUCAUCAGAAGUCUCAUGUAAGCAAGAAACCCUACCAUUAUAGUGGAUGUGGGAAAGCCUUCAGUGUCCACUCAAACCUCAUUAAGCAUCAAAUUAACCACAGUGGAGUGAAAUAUUAUGUGUGUGAUGAAUGUGGAAAAGCCUUUAGUCAGAACUCAAGCCUUAAAAAACACCAAAAGUCCCAUAUGAGUGAGAAGCCCUAUGAAUGCAGUGAAUGUGGGAAAGCUUUUAGGCGAAGCUCAAAUUUCAUCCAACAUCAAAGGAUUCAUUCUGGGGAAAAACCCUAUGUGUGCUGUGAAUGUGGAAAGGCCUUCAGGCGAAGCUCAAACCUCAUUAAGCACCACAGGAUCCACACAGGUGAGAAGCCUUUUCAGUGUAAUGAGUGUGGGAAAGCAUUUAGCCAGAGCUCACACCUGAGAAAGCAUCAGAGGGUCCACACUGGAGAGAGACCUUAUGCCUGCAGUGAGUGUGGUAAACCCUUUAGCCGUGUCUCCAACCUCAUUAAGCAUAACAGGGUUCACACUGGAGAGAAACCUUAUAAGUGCAGUGACUGUGGAAAGGCCUUUAGUCAAAGUUCAAGCCUCAUUCAGCAUCGGAGAAUUCACACUGGAGAAAAGCCACAUGUAUGUAAUGUAUGUGGAAAAGCCUUUAGCUAUAGCUCAGUGCUUAGAAAGCACCAGAAUAUCCACACAGGAGAGAAGCCAUAUGAAUGUAGUGUCUGUGGGAAGGCCUUCAGCCACAGCUCAGCCCUCAUUCAGCAUCAGGGCGUACACACAGGUGACAAACCUUAUGAGUGUCAAGAAUGUGGGAAGACCUUUGGUCGCAGCUCCAACCUGAUCCUUCACCAGCGAGUUCACACUGGAGAGAAACCCUAUGAAUGUACUGAAUGUGGAAAAACCUUCAGCCAGAGUUCAACUCUCAUUCAGCAUCAAAGAAUCCACAAUGGAUUGAAACCCCAUGAAUGUAGCCAGUGUGGCAAAGCCUUCAACCGUAGCUCCAACCUCAUUCACCACCAGAAAGUUCACACUGGAGAGAAGCCCUACACAUGUGUUGAAUGUGGUAAAGGUUUCAGCCAAAGUUCACACCUUAUUCAACAUCAAAUAAUCCACACUGGUGAGAGGCCCUAUAAGUGCAAUGAGUGUGGAAAAUCUUUUAGUCAACGUUCAGUCCUUAUCCAGCACCAGAGAAUUCACACUGGAGUGAAGCCCUAUGACUGUGUUACUUGUGGAAAAGCCUUCAGCCAGCGAUCAAAGCUGGUCAAACACCAACUGACUCACACCAGAGAGUGAUGGUGAGUCUGGUUCCUCUCUGAAUCCACUGACCACAAAGCAGAUUCUCCUUUGAGACAACCUUUGCAGUUUCACUCCCUCCUUCCCUCUAUUGCUCCUGCCUCAUAUGACUACUUGAUCUUGGUUGUAUUGGUUUUACUUUUUUUUUUUAUUAUUGCCUCUAAGAUUAUUGCUGGAGCUCAGUGUCUGCACUAUGUCCUGUAGGACUUGUUAUUGUUGUUGUUGUUAUUAUAAUUAUUAUUAUUAAACGGGACAGAGAUAAAUUGAGAGGAGAGGGGAAGAUAAAGAGGAGGAGAGAUAGACACCUGCAGACCUGCUUCACCACUUGUAAAGUGACCCCCCUGCAGGUGGGGAGCCAGGGAUUUGAAGGUUUGAACUAGGAUUCUUGUGUGGAUCCUUUGGUUUUACAUUUUGUCCUCUGAUUGCCACAUUUAUUAUCAGGGAGAAGAAGCUGCACAUUCAAAAACUGAACUGACAUUUGACUGAAGACCACUAAAGUAAUUAUUUUGUUUAGUAAUUAAUCACAAGGAUGAGUUCUACUGUAAUUAAUAUUCUGUUUACAUAAAAUCAGGAGAAAGUA